AUGGGUGAUCGUGGCCGGUCGGCCGGACGAAGGUGUUGCAUCGGUCGGCGACGCUUCAGCAUCGAGGCUACUGAGACGGCAAUCGCUCUAUCACUCAUCAGUCUCUCUCUCUCUAGCUGCUUCAACAGUAGAAAGCUGAGUCCAGUCUUCACCGGUGGGCCUGGAAUAGAUGAAGUUCCCCCUAUAUGGGUUGACAGAGCUGGAGUUAAAGCCAACAUUACAGAGAAUUUCACCCGUCAAAGCAAAUUUACUUACGGACUUGUGAUGGAGGAGAUAACGACCCGUGAUGAAAGCAGUCACAUUUCUGUAAAUGGUCAAAGAGUGUUGCCAAAUGGAGGAGUUAGUGCUGAUGGACCCUCGACAACACUCAGUGGCACUGGUGUUGACCAUAUGGCAUUUUUACAAGCCAAUAUCACCCGUGACAAUACAAAAUUCGUGAAUGGGGCUAUAGUUGGUGAGAGAAAUGUGUUCCAGCUUGAUCAAGGGCUUGGUGUUGGAAGCAAGUUCCCAUUCUUUAACCGGCACCAGUUAACAGUGACCCAAUUUUUCCAAUUGAAGCAGAUAGAGGAAGCUGCUGGCAAGCCUCCACCACCUGUAUUAGUCCUUCAUGGCCAUUAUGGUGGUUGUGUUGGAGAUCUUCCCAGUUACAAUGCUUUUACUUUGGGCGGUGCCGACUUUUUGGUUUUUUUUGUUUAUGUUUAUGGUGCAAAAAACCCAUACCCAACCAGUGAAUCAUUCCAUGGCGGCUUGGAGUUUCCAAUUGUCGGCUAUUUCUCCCUCUGUAGACUCUUUCUUCAAGUUUUCGCUUUUGCACUGUUAACGGAUUACUGGGGGUUAGUGAACCUACAUACGAUUUGUCUGAUGGAAUGCAAUUACAUUGUCAAAUAG